AUGACAUCGCGAUCAUCCAAGAAGAGGCCUGCAGCUGAAAUGCAGCAGCAAGACGAACUACAGGAAACGCAAUUAACGUCGCCAUUCAAACAAGUCAAAGUAUCAUGGCAGAUACAUCUACCACCACUCUUUGCAAGCAACGUCAUGGACGGAAUACAGUCUUAUCUCAACCAAUUCCUCAUAAAAUACAUGCCAGAACUAGACGGCGUCCUCCUCUCAUACAAACACAUAACCCUCUUAAACACCUCCGCCAAAAUCAUAAACGACAAUCCAUACCUCAUAAUCCCUAUAUCCGUCAUCCUGACUCUCUUUGCCCCACAACUACGAUCAAAUCUAGUCGGAAUAGUCAACAAGACAUCGCCAGAUCACAUAGGCCUGCUCGUGUUUGGAACAUUUAAUGCUAGUAUCCCCGCUGAUGCUAUCAGGAGGGACGAGUACAUAUGGAAUGAGGACGAGUGGUGCUGGCUGCAUGUUAAGAGAAUGGAGGCCGUCGGUGUGGGUUCUGUUAUGAGGUUUACUGUUGCAGAUCUAGUGAAACGAAACAGCAUGCUCUCAAUAUCAGGCUCACUACGUCUAUCCCCGCAAACCACGGGCCUCAUACCCUCCACCUCAUUAUCAUCACAACCACCACUACCAGCCACUCACGACGAUUACGAAGACGAGCAGGGAGCGCCGCCAUCUCCAGCACCGAAACGAGUACACGUAAAACCUGAACGAACAAUAUCGAAUAAUAACAAUAACAACAGUCAGUUAUCAUCGUCAGAUGAUUUAGUGAAUCUCAAAACUGAAGAGUAUGAAGAGGUGGUUGAACAAGUGUUGGAAGAAGAAGAGCAGCAGGAUAUACCAGAGGAGAAACUGCUAGUUAGGAAACGAAAGAAUAAGAGUGUUGAGCAAGGUAUGGACGAGCGGUCGAUGCAGCAGCAGCAGCAAGUAGUCGCUGCUGUAGUUGAGGAAUCAGCUGUUGUAAAGACUAUUGUCAAGACUGAAAAGGUGAUAAAGAAGAUGCAGUCAAAGAAUAAAGAGCAACCGCAGGUCGAACCAGCAGUAGUAACGAAAAUAGAAGAACCGAAAGAGCCGAAAAAGAGCAAGAAGGGUAAGAAGGUGAAACAAGAAUCAUAG